AGUUGACGACAUGGGAAGUUGGCAACACAUGAGACCACGGAGUCUUGUAGUUUCCCGGUGAUGGGGCUUCGUUCGGAGGAGACUAAGAGUUUAAAAGUCGCGUUAUCACCAGCUUCACUUUCUCUCCUCUUCCUCUCAUCCCAUCAACCCACACUGUCUCCCGGCCUUUUUCUUCCCUCUUCACUUCUCUUCUUCACCAACAGCUGUGCUGUUUUGAUUAGACGACUUCGACAAGUCUCACGUUUACAUCCGAAUCUAAUACAUUUUUUAUUUUAUCAACCACCACCACCAUGUAUUUCAAAGCGACAGUCCUGUUCUCUCUUCUCGCCUCGUCCAUUGCUCUUCCGACGGGCAAUGGAGACCGCAGAAUCAAGCGUGGAGUCCUUGCAGUCCAGGACUAUGCGGACUUUCAAGUCUCGUCUGGCGUCGCUGGCGAUGCCCUGGCCGAAGUGAACGCGAAGUUCCCUAUUGACCAAUCCGACUUCGCCUCGGUCGACGCUGAGGACUUGGAAAUCCUCAAGGCAGCACGUGAGACGGCCGAGGCAGCAGAGACAGAGGCUGGGGGGUUCAACGACGCCAUUGAGGCUGCCGGAGGCAAGAACACGCCCGAAGGGCAGGCGCUGCAGGCUGGCAAGAUCAAGAACAAGGUGCUCAAGCUGCAGCUACAAGUAUUGGCUCUGCAGAUCGAAGCUGCCCAGGGCAAGGAUACGUCCGAGAAACUGGCCAAGCAGCAGACGAAGCUGGACAAGAACGUCAAGGAAGACGAGGCGGCGGCUGGCCAAACGAGUACGAGUGUGGAUUUUCAGGGCACCAGUGAACCAUAGGCGCCUAGGACGAUGCCGGCUUAAACUCAAGUAUUUCGGAGAGAUCACUACAAAUGAAAGAGGAAGUCCGACGUCCCUG